AUGCCUACAAUUAGGGCGUUUAGCGUUGGAGGUUGUGCAGGAGCAGAUGUUGAGUUGCGUGCGUGGAAGUAUGCCAGGCGUGUGACGGUUCAGCUCAUAGCAUUCGACGACAUCGCAGUCAUCAACGUUUUGAAGAAGUACGCGAGGCGUGCGACGGUUCAGCUCAUAGCAUUCGAGGACAUCGCAGUCAUCAACGUUUUGAACAAUCCCUACACUUAG